GUACAGCUGGCUGUUAGCGUUCCGAUCUUGCAUCCAAGAUCCAACGGCCAUUUAUUUCUCGGCAUCCAGCCAUCCAACAAGCAAGAGCCAAGUCCCUUGUCUAGUAGCUAGCCUUAGUACCGUAUUCCAUAAUCCUUUGUCAACGACCUAUUCCAACCCAGUCUAUUAUCCGUCCAGUUCAUAUAACACCAAGAAGAAGAAGAUGCUGCUACUUCCCUUGAAAUCCCCCGUGUACUAUGACUUGCAAACCUCGUUGGGAAAUUGGUUGGACAGUGAUCAGGAAGUGUCCUUUCAGUCGAGUGGGAAUGGAGAUGAUCCUCCCAUGGUCCUCCCCAAGCCUCCCUUUACAUCGCAGCAAUGUCGCACGGAACUCUUGCGGUUGCAUUCGUUACGGAAGUGUUUGAGCAAUUCCAUUUUAAAACCUCACUCGCACAAGGCCGCGUCGGAAGAAAAUGCGCUCGAAGAUAGUAUGGAAUACCACGCGGCCUUGCUGGAAUUUGAACAACGGGGAUUUCCCACACUGGACGAUGAAAACAAUGAAUUGGAGUUGGUAUGGAAGGCCGCCUUUUCGCCGCAAAAGGAAGGCCAUCACACACUGGUGUGGGAUCGAGCCUGUUGUUUGUGGAAUAUUGCCGCCUUGUAUUCGCAAAAGAUGCUCACACUGGCGGAGAAUUACGCGGAAGAACGAGAUGCCCAAAAACAAAUCAUUCAGUACUCACAAACCGCAGCGUCGUUAUUGAAUAUUCUCGGUCAACUAGUGAACUCGGAUGAGAAUAUGGACUUGGCCACGGUCGAAAUGAGCAAACCCAUGAUUACCUUUUGGGAAAAAUGGUUCUUGGCACAAGCCCAAUCGACCAUUCCCAAGAUUGCCGAUCAAUCCAAACAUUCCAUUUUGGCCGCGUUGCAUGCCAGUACACACCAACUAUUCAAUGAAGCACUGGCAUGUGCGCAAGAUCCUCGGUUGCAGUCCGAAGUACCACGGUUUGCCAAGGAAUGGGGGGCCUACUGUAAAGCACAAUCCAUGCUUUCCUCGGCCAAGGCCGAAUAUCACAUGGCAUUGGCACACCGCACAACGCAACAAUGGGGCCACGAAUUGGCACGGCUCAAAACGUGUUGGCAAAAAUUGCAAGAGGCGCACAAAUUCUUGGAAGCCGCGUCGGAAGAACAGUCAUUGAUUGGGAUUCGUCGACAAGUGGACACGUAUUUGCCCUUUGUGGAAAAUCGAUACCAACAAGCUCAUACGGACAAUACCACGGUCUAUCAAGAUGAAGUGCCGGCAUCACUGCCGGAUGUGGAACCCAAACAAUUGGCCAAACUGAAUGGAGGAACCUUGCCAGAACCCAUGACCAAUCCCAAGGUCAAACUAUUUGUCAACUUGUAGUAGAUUGGACUACAUAUAGUAGAGAGAGAAAGAACAAAACAGGCAGGAACCUGGAAAACGGCUUUUGUGCGCGUGGAGGAAUGAAAUUGACUCUCUAGCUAGCUAGCGCGCUACUAGAAGCAUGUGUAGAUUGAAUCAAUCCACGAGUUAUUGUU